CCUGCAGUAGCUUUAUACAUCUUUGGUGUUCCGUGGUUUGUCACAUGAAGUUAGGUAUGGACCACUUGUGGCACUGAUUUACAGGUUUGAGAUUUUCAGAUUAGGGAUGUUCAGCCUGUAUCGUUGCUCGGCUCAGUGUUCAUUUCUUCAACAACGGAGCGCUUUGGGUUGUGGAUGUGGGAAUGAACAAAGAUGACUUGGUCCCUGCUCUCCGGACAGAUAGCAGUGUAAGCAGUGAAUCACUACUGGCAAGGACCGCUUCAACUGGGAGGUCCAAGCCAGCUCUCCCAGAUGCUGAUCUCCAGGCAGCACUUCCUUUGUCUUGGGCAGAGGAGGAGGAAGAGGGUCUCAGGCAGAGAGGAUGGCAGGUGCAAAGGUGUGUGGUGGGAGCAUGGCUGCUGUGUUUGAAGAGUCAAGAAAGCCAGUGUGACUAAAUGGAGGGGAAAGAAGGAACUGAGGUUGUGGGUCAGGAGGGCUGGGGCCAAGCUCAGGCCUUUCAGGCUGGGAAAAGUGGGGAGCUUUGAGCAGAGAGGGACAGGAUCUCACUGUAUGGAGUGGAGUAGAGGUGGGAGACCAGAGAGGAAGCAGGAGACCCUGGAAGCCAUUUUAGCAGUUCAUGAGAAGCAGUGGCUUAUGUAAUAUACAUUAGAGACCACACAUAGCAAGGGCCACAUAAUGGCAGUUGUUGCUGUUUAAAAUUAUUUAAAAUUUUGAAACAAAAGGGCUGGGUUGGUAGAGUGCUUGCCUGAUAUGCACAAAGCCCUGGGUUCCAUCCCCAGGACAGAAUAAUUAUGGCAGUGUAUAAUCUCAGCACUUGGAUGGUUAGAAGAACCUUAAGGCUUUUCUGUGCUACAUAGUGAAUAAGAGGCCAUCCUGGCAUGCUUAAGACCCUGUCUUGAAAAACAAACUAUUGUAGUGGCACAUGCUUUUGAUCCCAGCACUCAGGGAGGCAGAGGCAGGCAGAUUGCUGAGAGUUCAAGGUCAGCCUGGUCUACAAAGUGAGUUCAAAACAGCCAAGGCUACACAGAAAAACCCUGUUUCAAAAACAAACAAACAAAAAACCAAAAGGGUUGGAGAGAUGGCUCUUCCAAAGUUCAAUUCCCAGCAACCACAACCAUCUAUAAUAGGAUCUGGUGCCCCCUUUUUUCCUGCAGGCAGAAUACUGAAUACUGUAUAAAUACUAAAUUAAGAAAAGAAAGAAAAAAGAAACAGACUAAAACAAAAUGACCCGGAGACUCAGGCUGACCUGAAGCUGUGGCUUCGAACUCCUCAGAGCUUGUGAAUUUGAGCACGUUAUUUACCUUCACUGAGUUGUGGGUCACCAUCUGUGACGUGGCUAGAAUGUACCUUCUCGUGGAGUAUACAGACCACAGUGCCUAGCUCAUGGUCGCAUGGUUCAAUAUUUUUCCUGAGGUUUCUAGUCAGUUGCCAGAGAAAAUGAGCAGGUAAGUGGUAGGAAAAGCUGCUGUGUUUGGGACUCCUGGGUAAUUGUCGAGCUUUUUGGCAAGGGGUGGCAAAUAGUAGGUUUGGAGCUUGAACAAGAGUGGGUAAGGGAAUGAGUGCGAAGGAUCUGCUUACGCGUCUAGACAGUGGCUGAGGGUCAGGAAGUGAGACGUAAAGCCGGCAGUAGUCAUCAGGAACUAAGAAGAAUGGGGUGAACAGCAAACUGCAGCAACAAUAGGCAACACCUGCCCCUGUUUGCCUGCAGGAGUAAUUAAGGUAACACUAGCUCGGGAUCACAUGACCCUCAGACCUCAGAGGCUUACAAAUGAUGUCCUGCUGGGUGUUUGGCAGGUGGCUUCCUAUGGAAUGGGACAAGGACUGAAAGCCUUUGUGGUUUGGCAUCCUCUUGGCCCCUGGAGUUACCUCCUUCCAGUUGACAGGGAAGGAAGGAGGCAGUUCCUCCUGGGAAGGAGUCACUGGUUACUCCAGAGCGACAUAUUCUGUCUUAAUUCUACUGGACAGAACCUGACCACAUGAUUCUAUCUGGCCUUCUCUGACCCUAUCCGGCGUACGUAUUCAGGGGCACAGCUUUUUUCACCCUUCUGGUGGUAACAGGCACCAUUGGCACCCCAUUCUACAGAAAGGAAAACAGACUUGGGGUGAAGAGGGAUGAAGUCACUGGUGUAAGGUGACAAAGCCCACCCACGAGGAGGCUUGGCCAAGAUUAGCGUCAUGGUGGUCACUUGCUGUCAGUUCAUUUUGUUGCUAUAUGGAAUACACAAGACUGGAGAGGUUUGUUUUUUCUUGAUUUUUGUUUUACGUGUAUGAGUGUUUGCCUGCAUAUAUGUAUUACGUUUGUGCCUGGUGCUCACAGAGGCCAGAAGAGGGUGUCAAACUAAGCUAGUGAGUGCUAGAAACAGAGCCCAGGCCCCCUGCAAGAGCCUCAAGUGCUCUGAACCACUGAGCCACUUCUCCAGUCCUAAGACGAGGUAAUUUACAAAUGAAGAAGUUCAUUAACUCAGGAUGCUGAAGGAUAGGCCUUCAGUGGGUGACCAUAUCUGGCAAGGGGCUUGGGCUAAUAAAGCUGUGGGAAGACAGAAGACAAACUUAAUAGGAGUGCAGAGGGCUGGGCUCAGCCUUUAACAGCCACUUAAAAAGUUUUACAUGUGCACGUGUCUGCAGUGUGUACAUGUGUAUUCACAUAUGUGUGGGUACACAUGUUUGCAUUAGGGAUUGAUGUCAGAUGUCUUCCUCAGUACUUUUAGUUUACUGAGGCAGGGUCUCCUGCUGAACCAAGGUCAGGAGUCAGCUGCUCUAGCUAUACAGUUUGAUCUGAGGAGCCCCUCUCUGCCUCCCGGUGCUGGAGUUACAGGUGGGUGGGCAUACCUACUGUUUUAGUCAGGCUUACUAUUGCUGUUGUGAACAACACUACCAAAGCAACUACGGGAGAAAAGGGUUUAUUCGGCUUAUACUUCCACAUCAUGGUCAUCAGUGAAGGAAGUCAGGACAGGAACUCAAGCAGAGCUGGAACCUGGAGGCAGCUGAUGCAGAACUCAUGGAGGAGUGCUGCUUACUGGCUUGCUCAACCUGCUUUUGUUCGUUUGUUUUGUUUUUUUGAGACAGGGUUUCUCUGUGUAGCCUUGGCUGUCCUGGAACUCAUUAAGUAGACCAGGCUGGCCUCGAACUCAGAGAUCCACCUGCCUCUGCUUCCCAAGCACUGGGAUAGCACCACCCACAAUGGGCUGGGCCUCCCCCAUCAAUCACUAAUUAAGAAAAUGCCCUACAGCCAGAUCCUAUGGAGGCAUCUUCUCAACCGAGAUUUCCUCUUUUCAGAUAAUUCUAGCUUGUGUCAUAAAACUAGCUAGCAAACCUACCCUGUAUUCAUUCACAUAUUCCCCGGGAUCAGAUCCUCAGUCCUCAUGUUUUUGUGAGCUUCUGCCCAUCCUUCACAGACACUGGAGAGCUGUGUCCUGGAACCGGACCAAGAGAAGAGCCUGAGUGUGCAGAACCCAGCCCAGGACCCCCAGGGUGCCAGCCAGCCUGCCUGUGUCAGGGAGAUCAUCACCCGCAACCUCUCCCAGCCUGAGAGCCCAGCCCCACUCCAGGUCCCAGAGAUGGCCUCGCUGCUGUCACUGCAGGAGGAGAACCAGCUGCUGCGGCAGGAGCUGUCCCGUGUAGAGGACCUGCUGGCCCAGAGUCGUGCGGAGCGAGAUGAGCUUGCAAUCAAGUACAAUGCCGCCAGUGAGAGGAUGGAGGAGGCUUUGCGGCUGGAGCCUGUGGAGCUGGAGAUGGAGGAGCCCAGGGGGCUGGUGCGGCAGAGCGUGGAGCUGCGGAGGCAGCUGCAGGAGGAGCAGGCCUCCUACCGGCGCAAGCUGCAGGCCUACCAGGAGGGCCAGCAGCGGCAGGCCCAGUUAGUGCAGCGGCUGCAGGCCAAGAUUCUGCAGUACAAGAAGCAAUGCUCGGAGCUGGAGAAGCAGCUGCUGGACAAGUCCACUGAGCUAGAGCAGCAGCAACUGAGGGACACAGAACACGGCCAGGACCUGGACAGCGCCCUUCUGCGCCUGGAGGAGGAGCAGCAGAGAAGUGCCAGCCUAGUCCAGGUGAAUGCCAUGCUGAGAGAGCAGCUGGACCAGGCAAACAUGGCCAACCAGACUCUGAGUGAGGACAUUCUCAAGGUGACCAGUGACUGGACCCGCAGCUGCAAGGAGCUGGAGCAGAGGGAGGCAGCAUGGAGGCGGGAGGAGGAGUCCUUCAACGCCUACUUCAGCAGUGAGCACAGCCGCCUGCUCCUCCUCUGGAGACAGGUCAUGGGGCUCCGACGGCUGGUCAGCGAGGUGAAGACGGGCACAGAGAGGGACCUACUGCAGCUGGGAGGGGAGCUAGUCCGGACAUCCCGGGCUGUCCAGGAGGUGGGCCUGGGACUGAGUGCCAGCCUGCAGAGGGCUGAGAGCCGGGCCGAGGCAGCUCUGGAGAAAGAAAAACUGCUGCAGGCCCAACUGGAGGAGCAGCUACGGGCCAAGCUGCUCCGGGAGAAGGACCUGGCCCAGCUGCAGGUGCAGAGUGACCUAGACAAGGCUGAUCUGAGUGCCAGGGUGACAGAGCUGUCUCUGUCCGUGGAACACCUUCAGAACCAGAAUGCGGAGAAGGAUCAGGUCAACAGGACCCUCUCUGACAAAUUGGAGGCCCUGGAGUCUCUGCGGACCCAGGAGCAGGCAGCCAUGGACACUGAGGAUGGAGAGGGCCUGCAGCAGACCCUUAGGGACCUGGCACAGGCAGCCCUAUCGGACACAGAGAGUGGCGUCCAACUCAGCAGCUCAGAGCGCACUGGAGACACCUCUGAUGGCAGCCUGCGGGGGCUCUCUGGCCCGCGGACCCCGACCCCACCGCGGCACUUCUCCCCGGGUCGAGGUCGGUCCCCACGCCGAGGCCUGUCUCCAGCCUGCUCUGACUCCUCCACGCUCACGCUGAUCCACUCUGCCCUGCACAAGCGCCAUCUGCAGGUCCAGGACAUGCGUGGGCGCUAUGAAGCCAGCCAAGACCUGCUGGGCACCGUGCGCAAGCAGCUCAGCGAUAGCGAGGGCGAGCGGCGCGGCCUGGAAGAGCAGCUCCAGCGCCUGCGGGACCAGAUGGCCGCCACAGCUCGGGCCCAAGAGGACGCACAGCGAGAGGCCCAGCGCCUACGCAGCGCCAACGAGCUCCUGAGCAGGGAGAAGGGCAGCCUGGCCCACAGCCUACAGGUGACCCAGCAGCAGGCUGCGGAGCUGCGCCAGGAGCUGGAAAAGCUGCAGGCUGCCCAGGAGGAGCUGAGGCGGCAGCACACCCAGUUGGAGGAGGAGCAGGAGGACACAGUGCAGGAGGGCGCCCGGGCCCGCAGAGAGCUGGACCGCAGCCAUAGGCAGCUGGAGCAGCUGGAAGUGAAGCGCUCAGGGCUGGCUAAGGAGCUGGUGGAAGUGCGGGAGGCCCUGAGCUGCGCCAUACUGCAGAGGGACGUGCUGCAGACAGAGAAGGCAGAGGUGGCCGAGGCGCUCAACAAGGCCGAGGCUGGCCGAGCGCAGCUGGAGCUCUCCAUGACCAAGCUGAAGACAGAGGAGGCCUCGCUGCGAGACUCCCUGUCCAAGCUGGGUGCCCUCAAUGAGAGUCUCGCUCAGGACAAGCUGGAGUUAAACCGCCUUAUUGCCCAGCUAGAGGAGGAAAAGGCGGCGCUCCUGGGCAGACAGCAGCAGGCAGAGCAUGCCACCACAUUGGCUGUGGAGGAGCAGGAACGGUUGGAGCAGCUGAGGCUGGAGCAGGAGGUGGAGCGGCAGGGCCUGGAGGGCUCCCUGUGUGUGGCUGAGCAGGCCCGGGAGGCGCUGGAGCAGCAGCUCCUUGCACUGCGCACUGAGCGCAGCCAUCUGCAGGAGCAGUUGGCCCAGCUCUCCCGGCAGCUGAGCGGACGGGACCAGGAGCUGGAGCAGGCCCUGCGGGAGUCACAGCGGCAGGUGGAGGCACUCGAGCGCUCAGCCCGGGAGAAGGAGGCUCUGGCCAAGGAGCGGGCUGGCCUGGCUGUGCAGCUGGCAGCAGCAGAGCGUGAGAGCCGGACCCUGUCAGAGGAGGCCAUUCGCCUACGCUUGGAGAAGGAAGCCCUGGAGAGCAGCCUGUUUGAUGUGCAGAGGCAGCUGGCUCAGCUCGAGGCCCGCCGGGAGCAGCUAGAAGCUGAUGGUCAAGCCCUGCUGCUCGCCAAGGAAACCUUGACUGGUGAGCUGGCAGGCCUGCGGCAGCAGGUAACAGCCACCGAAGAGAAAGCGGCCCUGGACAAGGAGCUGAUGACCCAGAAGCUAGUGCAAGCCGAGCGAGAGGCGCAGGCCUCUCUGCGGGAGCAGCGGGCAGCCCAUGAGGAGGAACUUCAGAGACUCCAGCGAGAAAAGGAGUCUGCAUGGCGGGAGCUGCAGGCAGAGCGGGUCCAGCUGCAGGGCCAGCUCCAGCAGGAGCGAGAGGAGCUGCUGGCAAGGAUGGAGGCUGAGAAGGAGGAGCUGAGUGAGGAGAUCGCUGCACUGCAGCAGGAGCGGGACGAGGGCCUGCUCCUGGCCGAGAGCGAGAAGCAGCAGGCCUUGUCCCUGAAGGAGUCUGAGAAGACUGCCCUGUCUGAGAAACUGAUGGGGACCCGGCAUAGUCUGGCUGCCAUCUCUCUGGAGAUGGAGCGGCAGAAGCGCGAUGCCCAGAGCCGGCAGGAACAGGACCGGAACACAGUGAAUGCCCUGACGUCCGAACUUCGAGACCUCCGGGCCCAGCUGGAGGAGGCCACUGCAGCCCAUGCCCAGGAGGUGAAGGAGCUUCAGGAGCAGACUGGGGAUCUGGGCCGGCAGCGGGAGUCCUGUAUGCGAGAGGUAGAGGAGCUGAGGACCCAGCUGCGGUUGCUGGAGGACACCCGUGAUGGGCUACGGCGGGAGCUGCUGGAGGCGCAGCGCAAGGUUCGGGACAAUCAGGAGGGCUGUGAUGCCCAUUGCCGGGAGGCCAGCGAGCUGCGGCGCAGUCUGAGUGAGGGCACCAAGGAACGUGAGGCCCUGCGGCGUUCCAACGAGGAGCUGAGGACUGCUGUGAAGAAAGCCGAGAGUGAGCGCAUCAGUCUGAAGCUUGCCAAUGAGGACAAGGAGCAGAAGCUGGCCCUCCUGGAAGAGGCUCGCACAGCUGUGGGCAAGGAGGCUGGAGAGCUGCGGGCCUCGCUGCAGGACGUGGAGAGGUCCCGGCUGGAGGCUCGGCGUGAGCUGCAAGAGCUUCGGCGACAGAUGAAGACGCUGGACAGCGACAAUGUCAGGCUGGGCCGGGAGCUGGCAGAGCUGCAAGGCCGCAUGGCCCUGGGCGAGCGGGCAGAGAAGGAGAGCCGGCGAGAGGUGCUGAGCCUGCGGCAGAAGCUGCUGAAGGGCGAGAGCAGCCUGGAGGCCUUGAAGCAGGAGCUCCAGGGAUACCAGAGGAAGCUGCAGGAGCAAGAGGCUGAGUUCCGAGCACGUGAGCGAGGCCUGUUGGGCUCCCUGGAGGAGGCGCGAGGCUCCGAGAAGAAGCAGCUGGACACGGCUCGCAGUCUGGAGUUGAGGCUGGAGGCGGUGCGGGCCGAGACCUCAGAGCUGGGGCUGCGGCUCAGCGCGGCCGAGGGCCGGGCCCAGGGCCUGGAGGCCGAGCUUGCCCGAGUGGAUGCCCAGCGGAGGGUGGCUGAGGCCCAGCUGGGCGGCCUGCGUUCCGCCCUGCGCCGGGGCCUGGGCCUGGGCCUGGGCCUGGGCCGAGUGUCCAGCUCGCCAGUGCGGGAGGCUCCCAGCGGCGGUGGCGGAAGCGGGAAUGGUCUCAGCAGCCCCAGUUCUUUGGAAUAUAGCCCUCGGUCCCAGGCACCAUCUCCAGGGCCCGUCACCUCCCCAGCACCUCCAGACUUGGACCCAGAGGCUGUGCGCGAUGCCCUCCGAGACUUUCUGCAAGAGCUGCGGAGUGCCCAGCGGGAGCGGGAUGAAUUUAAGGUCCAGACCAGCACCCUGAGUCAACAGCUGGCUGAGGUGGAAGCAGAGAGAGACCGUGCAGUCUCAAGGGCCAAGCAGCUGCAGAAGGCGGUGGCCGACAGCGAGGAAGCCUGGCGCAGCGCAGACAGGCGGCUGAGCGGAGCCCAGGCAGAGCUGGCCCUUCAGGAAGAGAGUGUGCGACGUAGCAAGCGGGAGUGCAGGGCUACGCUGGACCAGGUAGCAGUGCUGGAGAGGAGCCUGCAGGCCACCGAGAGCGAGCUCCGAGCCAGCCAGGAGAAAGUCAGCAAGAUGAAGGCCGCUGAGGCGAAGUUGGAGAGCGACAAGCGGCGGCUGAAGGAGGUGCUGGAUGCCUCCGAGAGCCGUUCCAUCAAGCUGGAGCUGCAGCGGCGUGCUCUUGAAGGCGAGCUGCAGCGCAGCCGCCUUGGCCUGGGCGACCGUGAGGCCCAUGCUCAGGCCCUCCAGGAUCGAGUCGACUCUCUGCAGAGACAGGUGGCGGACAGUGAGGUGAAGGCAGGGACCUUGCAGCUAACGGUGGAGCGGCUGAAUGGGGCACUAGCCAAGGUGGAAGAGAGCGAGGGGGCCCUGCGGAGCAAGGUGCAGAGCCUGACAGAUGCCCUGGCCCAGAGCAGUGCCAGCCUCGCCAGCACCCAGGACAAGAAUCUGCACCUGCAGAAGGCCCUGAGCACCUGUGAACAUGACCGCCAAGUGCUCCAGGAACGGCUGGAUGCUGCCAGGCAGGCCCUGUCUGAAGCUCGGAGGCAAAGCAGCUCCCUGGGUGAACAGGUGCAGACUUUGAGGGGUGAGCUGGCCAACCUGGAGCUACAGCGGGGUGAUGCUGAAGGCCAGCUGCAGCAGCUGCAGCAGGUUCUGCGACAGCGGCAGGAGGGCGAGGCCAUGGCCCUGCGCUCUGUCCAGAAGCUUCAGGAGGAGCGGCGGCUGUUGCAGGAGCGUCUGGGCAGUCUGCAGCGCGUGCUGGCCCAGCUGGAGGCCGAGAAGCGUGAGGUGGAGCGGUCAGCGCUGCAGCUCGACAAGGACCGUGUGGCACUCAGGAAGACGCUGGACAAGGUGGAGCGGGAGAAGCUUCGAAGCCACGAGGACACGCUGCGGCUGAAUGCAGAGAAGGGCCGCCUGGACCUCACGCUCACGGGGGCUGAGUUGGACCUGGCCGACACCCAACAGCAGGUCCAGCAUUUGGAGGCACAGGUGGUAGCCCUGGAGCGGAACCACAAUCCGGUCCAGCUGGAGGCAGACCAGCAGCAACUGGAGCUGCAACAGGAGGUUGAGCGCCUGCGCAGUGCCCAGGUGCAGACGGAGCGCACACUGGAAGCGCGGGAGCGAGCCCACCGCCAGCGAGUCUCUGGGCUGGAGGAGCAGGUGUCCGUGCUGAAGGCACAGCUGCAGCAGGGGCUUCGAAGGCGCUCAGGAUCUGUCUCCCCACCCUCUGGCACCCCAGAGACAUGAGCCCCUUCUAGCCAGCAUCCUGAGCAGAGUCCCCUGGGCACGAGAGAAGGGCCCUUUGUAGCACAGCCUGCCCAGGGCCUGGUCACCACAGUGCUGUCUGAGGAAGCCGGGGUGGCAGAGAUGAAGGGGGCACUGUGGCUGGGGUCACACAGGUGGUCAGAGUUGCUACACCACCUGUGCCACCCUGGGCCCUCUCCUAGAAGAGCCUGCUGAUGGCCCAAGGCUCUGCUGCUGGGCUGACCCUGCCACGGGUCAGGGAGAGAGCUUGUUUCUGCCAGCAGUAGGGCAGAGCUUCCCCAGAAAGGACACCUAAGUGGGGCUCCUCUGGGGAGCUCACCCUUGAGUCCUUUUAGGAAGCUCCUUAGGAAACCUAGAGCCCUUGUAUUUUUGUACCUUUUUAUGCUGUUAACUGUGGAGAACUCCUAUGCUUUUUGUAACAUGACCUGUUUUCUAGAA